GUCAAAGCCGGCGCGGCCAAGGCAGUAGGAGUCUGCAACUUUUCCUUGGCGGAACUUCGGGUGGUCCACGACCGCCUUCGUUCUGUCCAUGGCCUGCCGUUGAGCACUUGCCAGGUAGAGCUCUCGCUGCUGCGACAGCUGCCUGUGUCUUCGGGUCUUGUGAACGGCUGCCGCGAGCUGGGUGUGACGGUCUUGGCGUUCUCGCCUCUGGCCAUGGGUCGUCUCAGCGGGCGGUACGUCGCUAUGAAGGAUGCUAUGGAGGGUCUCAUGGAUGAAGAAGUUCACUUGUCUUCUUGUUUGAAGUACACCAGCUUGAUUCGGGCCAUGGCGCCCCGCCGGUGCAAGUGCAUCUUUGGGCUCUGCUUCGUUGCUACCCUCCUCUGGACGUUCGCACCCAACAGCUUUGUGAAUUCUGGCCCUGCGUCAAAGCCUGCCUUGCGCCAAACGAGCGCUGUUAGAGGCCUGGUUUCCAGGGAGAGCUUCCAGAACCCUCUGGCGGGCCCAGAUGGCAAGAUUGACCAGAAGAAGGUCGAGGAAGCCUUGGCUACAGGCCUGGACAUUGCGAAGAACGUGAUCUUCGCACUUUUUGACAUCUUCAAGGAGCCGCCCCGAGAGUCCACAGGGAAGGAUGCUCCUGGCCUCGUAGCUUUGGGCAGCGAUGGGGUGCUUGGGGCCCUGAAAGGUAGCGAGGUCCUGUCAGUGAAGGACAGCUCCGCAAAGGAUGCAGCAGCCCUUUGCACUUCCCCCGGGGGUCUCGCUGUAUUCUUCCUCACACACUUCGGGGACUUCAACUCAUGGGAGGUGGCGCAGCAACUGCGGACUGCCAUCCGCGAGAAUCGCACGGGCUCUGCCCGUGUGGUGAUGGUGGGGAUCGGGUCCGUGGAGUCGGGCAAGCUCUUUGCAGAGCAGCUGGAGCUACCCCCGGCCUUAGAAGUCUAUGCGGAUCCCACCGGCGCGUGCCACCAGGCUCUAGGCUUCAGCACAGGGGCUCUGCCGCAAUACAAGGAGAGCUUGAACCCCUACUUCCGGGUGUUCCUGAUGCUUCUGGGCGUCGGCUCCCCAGGGACAAUCCGGACGGUUCUGGGCGGUUACUUCGGGAACGCGGACCUGGCGAAGGAGGAGACUUCCUGGGUGGAUGAGGCGCUGAAACAAGGUGCCAAACAGGGCCGCUUCCCAACCUCCGUGCCGAGGCGGCUGCCCUGGGAAGACAAGCCCACAGAUGGCCCAGAGUGGGCCGACCUUGCAACUGCGGGCUCCGAGGUGUGGAGUAACCGUGGCUUCGGCGAGACUGGGCUUAGGCCCUUUGAGUUGGCGACGGUGCGGCUGCAAAACAUGGUGGGUGGCAUCAUUGCCAAUUGGGGCAGCCUGAAGCCGGCAGACGACGAGCUCCUGGUCCAGCAGGGUGGUGCAGUCGUCUUCGACAAAGGGGAGGUGAACUACUUCUACCGAGACAAGGGUAUCCUGACUUAUGCUCCCGUUGCCACAGCUCUUAAGGCACUGCCAAAGAAGUAG